CGCCCUCUCACCCCUCUGCCUCUAGGUUCUGGGAAGAUGGCGAAGGUCUCAGAGCUUUACGAUGUGACUUGGGAAGAAAUGAGAGAUAAAAUGAGAAAAUGGAGAGAAGAAAACUCAAGAAAUAGUGAGCAAAUUGUGGAAGUUGGAGAAGAAUUAAUUAAUGAAUAUGCUUCUAAGCUGGGAGAUGAUAUUUGGAUCAUAUAUGAACAGGUGAUGAUUGCAGCACUAGACUAUGGUCGGGAUGACUUGGCAUUGUUUUGUCUUCAAGAGCUAAGAAGACAGUUCCCUGGCAGUCACAGAGUCAAGAGAUUAACAGGCAUGAGAUUUGAAGCCAUGGAAAGAUAUGAUGAUGCUAUACAGCUAUAUGAUAGGAUUUUACAAGAAGAUCCAACUAACACUGCUGCAAGAAAGCGUAAGAUUGCCAUUCGAAAAGCCCAGGGGAAAAAUGUGGAGGCCAUUCGGGAGCUGAAUGAGUAUCUGGAACAAUUUGUUGGAGACCAAGAAGCCUGGCAUGAACUUGCAGAACUUUACAUCAAUGAACAUGAAAUAGAAUCAGAUUCUCAUGCGCAUUUUCUUGUGCAUGAAUAUUUAACCUUGUUCUCAUACUACAAACAACUGAUGAGAAACAGAAUGAAGACAUUUGUCUGUUGUCUGUGGUCUAUAUAUAUAUAAUGUGAUCUAGAGGAUUGAGGUAGUCUAUUUGCAUAAGUCUAAGGAAAGUGGGAGCUAAAAUAAAAGUAAUAGCUGUGAUUUAAUGAAUGUGUACUAUAUUCUAGGAACCGUUUUUCAAGUUCUCUGCUAUGCUCUGAAACAGAUAUUCUGGUUUUGAUGAGGAAAUUAUUUCCUGAAUCACAUUCAGUAUAGAUGAUAUAUGCUUGUAUGUACACAUAUGUAAACAUACUCAUGAUUUCUUAGGCAUGUGAAACAGUAUAUAAUACUUAUAUUUAAAUACAUGAAAUUGAAUUUUUAGAGUAUAGUAAAAAUAAUUAGCAUUAAUUUUAUUUUGUUUCUAAAACAGGUGACAGUCAUUUAACAUUUUUUGUACUUUCUAAAGAUUUUCUGACUAAAAGCAUUUUAAAACAUUUCAAAUCAACAAGGAAAUUUUUUUUUUCAAGUUAAAGGAAUACCUAAUGCAGAAAAUUUGAGAAACACAAUAAAGCAUAAAGAUCAAGACAAAAAUUACAUGUAAUUCCAGCAUCCUAAGUUAACUAUAGUUUGUUUGGCUUUUGUCCUUCCUUAUCUUUUAAAAUAAAAGCCCAAAAUAAAAUUAUCUUCCAUAGUUUAUACUUUCCCUUAGUUAUAUUUUGUUCAAAAAUUUCUUGUCACUGUAACAAUCUACAGUGUGCUUUGAAUGGCUUUAUAUUAUUUCAUCUUACUAAUUUACCCUAGUAUUUUUAACCAGUUUCCUAGGGAGAUAUAAAGGUUGUUUUAUAUUUUUAUAUAUAAUGCUGUAGUGAUCAUUUUUAUUUUGUUUCCUUGGGUUAAAUUCUUUGAAGUAAAAUUGCUUGAUUAAAUAAGAUGUACAUUUUCUGUGGUUUUGAUAAAUAGUUCCUGAUUGUUCCCUAGAAUGGUAACAUCAAUUUACUUGCACACCAGCAUUUACUAGAGUCCCUCUUUAACAACACUGGAUACUAUGAUUCUUUUUUAAUCUUUACAAGUUUGAUAGGUGAAAUUGGUUCUACCUUUUUAGUUCAUUUUUACGAGCUCUUUUUAUAAAGGAGAGCAACCAUUUGUCAAAAGUGUAUCCUUGUUAUAUGCUUUUUAAAUACUGACUUCUUAAAAUUAUAGAAACUCUACAUUUUUAGAAAAUCAGAUUCAUCAAUUUUUAACAUUAUCAUGUCUGCUGUCCUUUAAUAGCUUAAAAAUAUAUCACCUUUUCCCCCCACUUCAUUUGCAAUUUUAUUUUUUUGCAUGUAUUUCUAAUAUUUAUUUCAUCAUCAGAUUUAGGUUAUACCUUAUUUUUAACCUACCGUUAAAUUUACUUAUUUUUUUCACCAUGUGGUACCACCUUCAGUUUUGCUUUGUUUGGAAUCUAAAGAGUUUAUUGAAACAGAGGUGAAUGUACACUUAAGAGAAAUGAACUGAGAAAUCUCAAAAAAUGAAGAUUUACAAAGAUGUAGGAGCACCUAAAAAUAUUUUUUUAGAGAAAAUGAUAAUUAUGGUCAGCCUACCCUUUUAUAUAGUAUCACAAAAGUCUUUUUGGUCUUAAAGCUAGUUAGUUACAAAAUGACCAUUUUUUUUUUCUAAUUGAACACUUAGAAGGAAUAUUUAUGUUUAGGUGACUGGAAAUACAUAUCUACAGGUUUUUUUGAAACUGUGAAAAUUACAAUCAGUUCACUUGAUUCAUUUGACAUGUUUGAGCAAGUCAUUAUAGGAGGCAGGAAUUUUUUGGUGGAAUGUUAAAUUAUCAUAGGAUAUCAGUUUUAGCACCAGUCUUGUGGACACAGUGGCAAAAACGUAGCAGUUUUGAAAAUGUUAGAUAUAUUUAACAUUUGAUAUUCCUUUCUGCAUAUGGACAGUUAUAAGCUUUUUUAAGUAUAAUAGGUCGCAGGCAGCUUUGGUAGCCUAUAUCUAGAACUAUUUUUUUUCUUUAAGAGACAGAGUCUACAACAUUUCCCAGGCUAGACUUGAGCUCCUGGGCUAAAGUACUCUUCCCAUCUCAGCCUUUUGUGUAGCUGGCACUACAGGUGUGUCACUGUGCCCAGCUCUGGAAUUUUUAAACUCCAAAUAAAUAUCUAUAGUAUAAUUUUCAUAUGGCCCUACUUAAUGUUUCUAUAGAGAGAAAAAGGGAUAUAGAAUUGUGCCAUGUAACCUUUUUAUAUUUUUAAGUUAAUUUUAUAAGUUUGUUUCUGAUUUAUAGUUUGUUUUUAGUUAUUCCAGGGAUAUAUGUUACAUCCAUUGACCAUAUUGAGACACUUGUUCUAAAGUUUUAAAACUACAGUUAAUUUUUUUGUGUCAGCACUACCAAUAUGUAUUAUAGGUUAAGUAUCCAUAACCUGAAAAUCUGAAAUCCACAAUACUCCAAAAUCUGAAACUUUGAGUGCCAACAUGAUGCUCAAAGGAAAUGCUCAUUGGAGCAUUUUGGAUUUGGGAUUUUUGCGUUAGGGAUGUUCAACCAGUAAGAAUGCAGAUAUUUUAAAAUCUGAAAACUUCUGAAAUCUGAAACAUUUCUGGUCCCAAGCAUUUUGGUUAAGGGAUACUCAACCUUUGUAAGCAAAAAUACAUUCACAUUAUGAAAGAUAAAUUUUUUUACUUCAUUUGUUAUUGAAACUAGAUACUAUACAGCAAGGAACAGUUAGUAUUAUACAUUAAUUAAAUGUAUCCCUGGAAUAUUCCAGGGAUAUAUGUUACAUCCAUAUGAUUUAUUCAGUCAUUUGUUCAGUCUUAUUAAAUACCUAUCGUGUGUCAAGAACGAAUGCUAGGUUUUGAAUUUAAAAAUGGAAAGGGCUAAAUAGCUGCAUGAUCUUGGAUGAGAGUACACACACACGCACACACAUACAUAUAUAUAUGUGGUCCUUCAUAAAUCUAAAAUGCUGUAAUUAUUAGGUAAUCUGCAGGGUGUAUUUUUUUUCCUCAAUCCCUUUGGGUGUGACUGCUGUAAACAUUUUCAUGUUACCAUUGACAUCUUCAGUUUUUCGAUGUUAUGUGUAAUGCAUAUAAGCAGCAUAUGUAGUGGUUGAAGAGUACAGGCUGUCUGGAGUGGCACAGCCUGGGAUUCAGUUUACAUCUCUGUGCCUCAGUAUUCUCAGCUGUAGCAUGUUGAUAAUAAUUUCUUUCUUCCUAGGGUUUUGGUAGGAUUAAAUGAGUUAAUACAUGUAACACAUUUAGAACAAUGCAUGACACGUAAUAAGCAUUUAGUAAAAGCUAUUAUUAGUAUACAUGUGUGAAACAGGAAAAUAAUUUUUAAAAGUAUAUCAGGCAGUAGUGUAAAGGUAGAUCCCUUUGUAUAUUGGUAAAUGCCAAAAAUAACUUUAGGUAGCCUCUUUUUGUUGGGUAGUGUCAUCACUUCCUCACUGGGAAGAAAUCUUGUAACACCUGUGUUCAUUAGAAUUUCCUGUAGAUAGUGAAGAUAGUCACAUGGCAUUAAACGUUUAAAAUAUAUUUAGUUAAUUAUAGUCACAUGCUUUAAAAUGUUUUUCCAGAGCUCUUUCUGGCAGUUCUCUUUCCUUAGGUUUUCAGCAAGAUUUUUGUUUAUUCUACCACAAGAUUAAAUAAUAGUACAGUAUAUAUCAAAACCAACUUGAUCUGUUUUUCAUGGGCUUAGAAAUUUAUAACUUCAUUAUAAUUUGGUAUUUGACAGUGAACUUAGUAAUGAGAGAAAUCUUUGUAAUAGAAUAUGUUGGUAAAUAUAUGCCUGUGAAGAAUUUUUAGUGAGUAGAGAAUAUUUAAUAAAAUGUUUAUUUUUUCCUUA